AAAUGCCACAUACGUCCCUUGGCAUGAAAAUAAAAUUCGAUAUUUGUAAGGGCAGCACAGAAAUUUCAUGAACUAGACAACCAGAAGGGCACCCCGCGCGCAGGUCCCCAUUACCGCCGAUCCCCGAACUGACCCUUACAAUAAUUGUUCCUCUCAAGCCUCAAACAACUACCGAGAAUUCGAUCGAAAACCGGGGCGCCCAUUGAUGAAAUGUCGAAACACGGCCUAGCAGACUCAGAAAAGGAAGAAAAUCAUGAAAAUUCAAGCUCAGACGAGCUUGAAGCCACCACCAAUGGCGCGGAAGAGAAGAUGACAGAAUAUGAGAAACUGAGGUUGUCUAGAAUUAGGGAGAACAGAGCGAGAUUGGAGGCUUUGGGGUUGCCCAAGAUGGCAUCUUCGUUGAUGGGCUUGGGUCAAAAGGAGAGCAAGAGCGGGCGAAGGGGUAAAGGGAAGGGGAAGAUGGUCGAGGACGAGGAAUACAGACCACCAGAGGGAAAUGAUGGUUUGAGCUCUUCAACUGAUGACGACGAUGACGAUGAAGAGUUUGUGGGUGUUGAGCCAUCUGGAUCUCGUGCUCGGAAGAUGGUGAAGAAGAAAAAUUCAAAACCUAAGAAGAAAGUUCAUAUUGAAAAUGUUUUAGGCAAUUCUGAUUUUGUUGAUGAUGAUGAUAAAGCCUUAAUGCAAGCAAUUGCUCUUUCACUCCAAGAUUCUACAGAAGUUUCCGACAAGAGCAGUCCUUCUCAGAGACCCAAUGCACGUGUGGUAGAUAAAUUUCUUAAAGAAAGGAAGGGGAAUGCCCAUAUUCAGGAAGACGCAGGGAGAAGGAAGAGGAAGAAACCGAUUCGUAGUCGUGUGCAAAUGACUGAAGAUGAACUAAUAGUACACUUCUUUCAGUUUGAUGAAGCAGGGAAAGGAAACAUAACUCUUAGAGAUUUACGAAGGGUAGCAGCUGCUCAUGAUUUUAUAUGGACAGACGAGGAGAUGGUUGAUAUGAUCCACUGCUUUGAUAGUGAUGGAGAUGGCAAAGUCUGUUUGCAAUUUCCGUUUUGUUUCUUCCCAAAAUACAUGUUUGGUGAAUUUUCAUGUAUCUUUAGAAAGAUGGGUGGGGAUAUGGGCUACAGCAUCAAACUAAGGACCUUCUUUAAAAUGUUUUUGCAUUUCUGAGUUUCAAAUUGGCAUCCCAAUUAUUUCUCCAGUGUCAUUUGCAUCCAAAGUUAAUAGGGAAAAAACAGUUUGCAACCAUGGAAGGAUUUUGAAGUGUCUGGAAAUCCUAGCAUAUUGUUCUCAGUCGGCUUAUUUUACUGCUAGUAUAGGAGGCCUUAUUCAUGAUACUAGUUCAAAAUUCUUCUUUUAUUUUCAUUCCUAUGGUCCACAUUUUUUUGGACGGCUAUACAAAUUGCCUAUUCUUUACAACCUGAAAACAUGAUGACAAGUUUGUGAUACUUCUUUUCUGGAAUAACCAAAAAACUUGAAGACAAGUAGCAUUGUAUUUCGCUUCUUAGUGCCUUUUCACAUUGGCAGCUGGGUCUUUUGAUGCUCAUAAAUUUGUAAUGUGCUAGGUGUAAUGUUUUUUAGGAGCCAGACCUGUUGAUUCAAAUUUAUGCAGAGCUGGUGCCAUUAUGAGUCGAAUGAAUGUUUGGUGUCUUUCCUGAUUCUUUAUAAGAGUAUAAGCAUAACAAAAUAACAUCAAUCAUCCAAGUUUGUGUAACCAAACUGUUGGACAAUUACAAGACCUCUGGUUGCUGCAUACCACUUCUCACAAUAUUUGUUGCCCAAUAUGAUAUUUUCUGAUUGAUUAAAAAUUAUGUUUAUAUACCAUUAACUGUCAGUUUUUGGUUGGGCUGCCUAACUGAGGUUUUUUCUUUGGCAGCUUGCUCUUGAUGAUUUUCGGAAAAUUGUCAGUCGAUGCAACAUGAUACUGGGGUCUGAAAAUGCUGUAAUGCCUUCAGAGUCGUAAUUAGCCUAUGUUGCAUUUGGAAGGCAUGGUGAGGUACAAGGAUCGUGUAAACUGGUGAUCUUUGUCAGUUCUAGUAGUGAUGACUAUUAGUGGUGAUUGUUAAUGAAUGUAAAUAGUUUUUUCUGUAACCGUUCUUGAAAUCCCUUUCGUCUAAAAAGUUACUGUUCAAAUGUAAAAGCAUCUCGACAAUCAUGGAGAAAUGAGCCACAUUUUUCGGGUA